GUUUCGUCCCAUUCGUUGCCGUUGGAGUGCUUUCUCGAGUCAAGCACACAGAAGUCUUCUCGGAGCUUUGACAAAGUGGCGCAAGGACUUCCUUCUUUGACCCGAUGAGCCUUUAUCCUCCUCCUCCUUCUCUAUUCCUGCAAACUCAGCUUCCAAUCUUCUUUAUCAAACUAGCCCAGUUCAAGUUAGCUUCAUCGAAUUCAAGUAUGAUCUUUUUUUUUUUUUUAAUUUUUUUUUUAAAUGUUACGCUUUAAUACAGGUUUUGAAUAUUCAAACCGUAUCCUUGAGGGUUGAAUGAUGUUUCGUUGUUGUUUCAAGAACCCUUUGGUGGGUUUCCUCCACCUUUCCAAGUUACGGUUUCUGAAAUUCCAAUCUCAGGUUGGUUUCGAAUCAUCUCAAUGAUUUUCCUUUAAUUUAGCUUUUUCAGUUGUGUUUUUUUCCCUCUUGAAUGCGGUCUUAGUCUUUACGAAGUCAACGCAAUGGAUAAAGAUAUGAUGUUAUGAUGGCUAUGGUGUUGCGGUUUCAGUAUUUUGAGCACUUGAUCGUUAGAAAGUAAUCUCCGAGUCAUUUAUUUUUCAAUCUGUACCUCCUCUUUGCUUUGUCGGGAAUCUUGAUGAAAAUGGUUCUGAAUUGCCGACCUCUUACUGUCCUUAUCGGUGUUUCUCUCUGGCUGCUGCUUAGUUGUAGUUUGAGCUACGGAACCGCGACUGAUAUUCUUUGUUUACAAAGUAUAAAGAAAUCACUUGAAGAUCCUUAUAAUUACUUGAGCUCUUCAUGGAUUUUUGGCAACAAUACUGAAGGCUCCAUCUGUAAAUUUACGGGGGUCGAUUGUUGGCACCCCGAUGAGAACAGGGUUUUGAAUAUCCGGCUUUCAGAUAUGGGGCUCAAGGGACAGUUUCCUCGUGGCAUUGUGAAUUGCUCUAGCUUAACAGGCUUAGAUCUUUCUAGCAACAAACUAUUUGGAAAUAUUCCACAAGAUAUGGCCAAAAUUCUAGAGUUUGUGACAUCUCUUGAUCUCUCGUCUAACGAUCUCUCAGGGGAGAUCCCAGCGAACCUCGCGAACUGUACUUAUUUGAAUGUCCUUAAACUCGACCAUAACAGGUUCACUGGUCAGAUUCCUGCAGAAUUUAGUCUGCUUUCUCGGAUGAAACAAUUUAGUGUGGCGAACAAUCUUUUGACAGGGCCAGUCCCCCAAUUUAAGAAUGCUACAACUUCAGCAUCCAAUUAUGCAAAUAAUCUAGGACUAUGUGGGGUUCCUUUGGAUCCUUGCCAGGCAGCUUCGAAGAAGUCUCACACUGCACUUAUUGUGGCAGCAGCAGUUGGUGGGGUGACUGUUUCAGCCUUGGGUGUGAGUAUCGGUAUCUUCUUCUUUAUGCGUAGGGUGUCCGUGAAGAAGAAGGAAGAUGACCCUGAAGGAAACAAAUGGGCAAAGGUUUUAAAGGGAGCAAAAGGCAUCAAGGUAUCCAUGUUUGAAAAGUCUGUUUCAAAAAUGAAAUUCAAUGAUCUCAUGAAGGCUACUAGCAACUUCACCAAAGACAAUAUCAUUGGGUUGGGAAGAACAGGAACCAUGUACAAAGCAGUCCUUGAUGAUGGCACUUCACUUAUGGUCAAGAGGUUGCAGGAAUCUCAACACUCUGAGAAAGAAUUUAUGUCCGAAAUGGCUACUCUUGGGAGCGUAAAACACCAAAACUUGGUUCCUCUUCUAGGUUUCUGCCUGGCUAAGAAAGAGAGGCUUUUGGUUUAUAAGCACAUGCUUAAUGGUACCCUUCAUGAUCAGCUUCAUCUUGUGGAUGAUGGUGGCAAGCUUAUGCAGUGGCCUUUGAGGCUAAAAAUUGGGAUAGGGGCAGCCAGAGGACUAGCAUGGCUCCAUCAUAACUGCAUUCCCCGUAUUCUCCACCGAAACAUAAGUUCCAAAUGCAUAUUACUCGAUGUGGAUUUUGAGCCAAAAAUAUCUGAUUUUGGCCUUGCUAGGCUCAUGAAUCCGAUUGAUACACAUUUGAGUACUUUUGUGAAUGGGGAAUUUGGAGAUUUGGGUUAUGUCGCUCCUGAGUAUGCACGAACGCUGGUGGCCACUCCAAAGGGUGAUGUUUACAGCUUUGGAACUGUACUUCUUGAGUUGGUAACUGGUGAGAGACCAACACAUGUUGCGAAAGCACCUGAGAACUUUAAAGGAAAUUUGGUAGAAUGGAUUACACAGCUGUCGAGCGACUCUCAACUUCAUGAUGCCAUCGAUAAGUCCUUGGUUGGGACAGGCGUGGAUGGUGAGACUUUUCAGUUUCUCAAGGUUGCACGUAAUUGUGUAGCAUCAAAUCCCAAGGAGAGGCCUUCUAUGUUUGAAGUGUACCAGCUUUUAAGAGCUAUUGGCGAGCGAUACAAUUUCACAAUUGAAGAUGAGAUGCUAAUGCCUUCCGACAUUGGUGAUGCUGAUUGCAUGGACGAACUUAUUGUUGCUCGUGAAGUAAAUUAAGAUGAACAAAUGAUCAGGUAUGGAAGAGGUAUAGGAAUGAAUGUCCCUCAAUCAUUAUUUGAUUUUCUGUUUUCGGGUCAUGUUUAAUGUAUUAUUUACAGCUCUAGACCCACACACACACACACAAAGAUUGAUUACACAAAGAAUAACAAUAAUCAAUCUUUGUGUAAGCUUUCAAUUUGUGUUUUGUGUAUUUUUGUAGGUCCGGUUUGGAUACAAGAAGUGUUUUAUUUUGGUUCAUUUGUUGGGAUUUAGAAGUUUGUAUUUUAAUUUAUUUUGGUGCAUUUGGAAGUUUGUAAUUUGGUUGGCACUUAGAAAAUGUUAGAUUUCUUUGAUUGCCAGAAUAAGAACUUAGAAUGUUUGUUAUAAUAGUGAUAAGUAAAUAUUAUUA